UUUUUUUUUUUUUUUUUUCUCUCUGCCGAGCUUGUAUGGAACCGAUCAAGACCGCCGUUUUGCCCAGCGACGCAGCCAUACCAAUGGACGUCGACGAGGCCCCAAGGCGGCAGAUAGCCAGUGACACUCAAGCGCAGGACGGGUUGCCCGUUGGCGCGAACGCACACCAGCCUUUUCCAGCGAAUCUGCAGCACGGCGUGCUUGGAGACCCCAGCCUGACUAUCGCCCCGCCUGCAACUGCGCCGCAUGGACCUGGUGACGGCACACACGGCACGAGCGGAGGCAGUCAGAUGGACCCACACGCAGCUGCACGCGAGCUGUUCAAGCUCGAGUCGCUGCACGGCCAGCCAGAUUUUUCAGUCCUGGGCCUGGCGAGCACGGGCGACGCAGAGCACAAGCCGAUGGCAGGCCAGGACACGCCACAAGUCACAAGCAAGCAAGGCCACACACAGCUCGUGCAUUCGGCGAUGAGCCAUGCCAUGGUGACGAGCAUCCCUGCGCCAGAGCCCGCAUCGAGCUUUUCUCGAGGCCAGGUCGACCACGAAAACGCGUCGCCUGCGUCCGUUGAUCGCCAAGCGGCCUCGUCUGCCACACUGUCGUCCGUAAAACUGACCAAUUCCGAGCCGAUGGCGGUCGAGCCUGCUGCUGCCGGGACCCACGGUGGGCAAGCCAGGCCUGAGCCGUUGGCCGACCAGCCGCCUUCCCUCUCAUCCAGCCCACCGCGCAAGCGAGCAGCCGAAGAGCCGCCAUCAAGCGCAUCACCACCUCCACCAAGCAAGGUUCGGCUCUCAGAGGAUGACGCAGCAACCCAUACGGGCGAGCCCGCCACCAGCAGCACAGCAGCCACCACCACGCCUCAACCUGCGCACUCGCCGCCCUCCGACGCAUCAUCUUCCAAAGCCGGCCUCAUCCUCCUCAAUCACAAAGACAAACAACAGCAAAUUGGCGGCAACCAGAGCCAGGAAUCGGAACCGCAAGCCGAACACGACCUCUUGUCGUCCAUUGCUACCAGUUCCACCGCAAGCAGUACGAGCGCGCCCCCAGCAGCAGCUGUCACGCGAUCCGGGCGCGUGGUUAAAAAGAAGCACUAUGAUAACGCAGACGGUGCGGAGAGCGAUUCCGAUGCGGUCGAGGGCUCAAAGGCUCCGAGUGCACCUGCUGGAGGCUCGCGUCGCCGAACUGCAGCCAAAAGUUCAAAGUCUCAAGAGAAGGAAUCUGUUGCCGAAGGCGAGGAACCUUCACCCGCCACUUCCACGCUCGCUCAAGCCCCUGCGCCCACAUCUUCCUUGCCAGCCGAUGUCGCUGCAGGCGCCGGUUCCGCAGUCUCGAUGCCCGCAACAUCCACCGAAGCCCCUCGCUCACGUUCUGGACGGAUUCUCAAACCGACCGAGGCUGCAAGUCUCAACGACAGUGGCGAAGCAGCAAAGGCCUUCAAAGCUGCGACACAACCCAUUUCAGCCGCCAAUCCCGCCACCCGCUCGCGCCCGCGCAGUGCUCGUGCGGGUGCAGCAGCGACCGAGCACGAUGCCACAACAACUGUCAACGCACACGAAAUCGCGAAUGACAACGAGGUGUCAGCCGCUCCCAGUCAAGUGACUGUGACUGGUUCGACCACCCCUCCAGUCGUUGUUGCGAUGGACACGAGACUUGACGGUGGCUUGCAAGUGCCGCCCCGCCUUCUGGAUUUGUCGUCGCAAGAAGAUCCCAACUCGUUUUUGCUCGACACGUCGGCGGAGGCACCUGAAGAUUCAUCCAACGAUCCUGUGGAUCGAAGCAGCAGCGCCUUUGAGCUCGGUAUCUUCCCUCUCGACAGCGCCAUGAUUAUGUCUGGCGGUCCUCGGAGCAGUAGCAGCGCGAGCAGUAGUGUGAAUGGCACUAGUCACAGCGCCAAGAGUCCGUUCGCCAGCAAUCCUGUGCUCACACUUCCCCCUGCGCUUGCAGCAUCUCCUUCCGAACAUGGAUCAGCCUUGGCCACCUCUGCUGAUUCGAACAACGAGAGUGCUUCGGUCGCUUCUCCGGGCACAGGCCAGCUGAGUAGCGCUGACAAACGCAGGCUGACAAUGCAAAAGCGCGAGGAGUCGAAAGAGUACAAGCGACAGUGGGCAAGGGUGCACAGAGAGGCCGCCAAAAAGCGAAAAGAGCUCGAACGAGCCGCUGCUGCGUCUGCCAAUGGCGAGGAUGGUCCAGCUGCGGCUGAUGACGACCCCACCACCACCAGCACCACCACCAGCACCACCAGCACCACCACCACCACCACUACUACUACUACUCUCACCGGUGCUUUGUUUGACGGUGCGCCUGCGGACGACAGCGCGAAUCCAGGGAGCUCUGAGGAUGGCGACGCUGCUUCUCGCCGAAGAAGCACCCGAGCUCGCACCACCACUCGACAGUUCCCAGAGCCUUCCAAAGCGGGCAACGAUGAAGAGGAGGACGGCGAUGAAGGUCGGAACGCUGGCAGCGAUGCCGAGGCAGGAUCUCAUCGCUUGCGCGGCCGUGGUGACCAAACCUGGGACGUGCCCGCUUCGCUUCGCCGCCGUAGUGUCAACGCCAGCGGGACUGAGGAUGCUGGUCGCUCUGCUGGUCGGCGCGGUGCUCGACCCACCGAGCUUCAAAGCCUGAUGGGUGCCGACACGCCUGACAACAACGGCUCGGCCGAAGCUGGCAACCAAGCGUCCGCCAUGGUCAUUGACAAGCGAGAAGCCGAACGCGACGACGGCGGCCCUUCGUCGGGACCACGGUCUCGCGCCGCUGCAUCCGAGCCAGCGAGCGCCAAGGGGCAACCUGGCAACGAGGGCAAUUCGGGUGCCAAGCGGCAGCGUGCGCGUCGUCGCGAGCGAGAUGACUCUGACUUUGAGGAUGGGCCGCCGCGUGAGCAGACGGACGAUUCUGUGCUCGGCCGUCUGGCCAAGAGCGGCGUGGUUGUGGGUCCUCGUGGGGCCAAUGGCGCGCGUGCUGAGGACGACGAAAGUCGAGCACCAAAGCCUCGAGGCCGCCACGCCGCUGCUGCUUCCAGAGCUUCGGCUGCUGCACAGCUUGCCCGCACUCCGCAACCUCACCUGCUUCCUACCCCUGCGGACAGUGCAGAAUUUGACGGCGCCGCCGCGUUGCUCAAAAUUGCAUCGGCAGGGCCGCGCCCAGUACCCAGCGAGCCGAUCCAAGCCUUUCAAGUGGACCAGUUGGUGCUUCAACGGCGACAUUUGCCGCCGCACCCCACCUACAUGCUCGGUCCCUCUGCGCUGGAUCCCCUUGCUGUGAGAGUGGCCGAAAUCCGCUUCCGACAGUGCAUGCUGUCCUUGUCUGAUCAGCUUUGGGCGCAGGCUGCUGCACUUCGUGCCGAAGAAGAGCGUGACAAGAGCCACAACAUCAAUCCGGCUGACCUUGCUGAUGCGCCCAACGAACCUGCGCGAGAAGAAGACACGCUGAUUCGACCUGCCGGCGAAGCGAACGAUCUGCCAGUUUUUGACCGUCCGCCUUCACUAGCAGUUGCACCCAUCUCCUCAUAACCAAACAAAUCUGGCUAGUUUUAAGUGUUGGUUUUUAAGUUGUCUGUGUUGAAACGUGUCUGGCUUGUUGGUUUGUAGUUGACGGCGUAAACAACAGUAGGCUAGUUUGCAGUAGGCUAGUUUGUUUCAGAAACAUUCAGUAGUAUUGGCGAGUUUUCCUUUUUUGGUUUUUUUGCUAGGGUUUUCAUCGCAUCAACGCUCGAGUGUUUUUUUUUUAAUAAAAAAAAUAGAUGAAU